ACGGCUCUCGUCCUUUCGCGCUCUUCAAGAUUCCCUUAGUCUCUCUUUUUUUGGUUUUUUUGGGACCAGGAGAUUCCUUACCUGCUCCUUGAGAAGACAAAAGGAAGAAUCGCCGUCACCGGUUCAGCUUCAACUUCUUCUUCACUGCCACUGUUCCUUCACCGACGAUCCCUAGAGAGAUUGAGAGAGAUGGAAUCUACAGUGCUCGCUAGCCCAGUGAUCAAGGUCGCAGCAAUCUGCGGGUCAAUUCGGAAAGCUUCUUUCAACCGAGGCCUCCUUCGUUCCGCGAUCGAGAUAUCCAAGCAAUCGGUGAACGGGAUGCAGAUUGAGCUGAUCGACGUGUCGCCGCUUCCGAUGAUAAACACGGACCUCGUAGUCGACGGCAGGUUCCCGCCGGCGGUCGAGGCUUUUCGUCAGAAGGUUCUGGAAUCCGACAGCAUCCUCUUUGCUUCCCCCGAGUACAACUACUCCGUCACUCCUCCUUUGAAGAAUGCAAUUGACUGGGCAUCUAGACCACCAAAUGUUUGGGCCGGUAAGGCAGCUGCCAUUGUGAGCGCGGGAGGAGAUUCUGGUGGGGGACGGGCACAGUAUCAUCUCCGUCAAAUUGGGGUCUUUAUCGAUCUUCAUUUCAUCAACAAGCCUGAAUUCGUCUUGAAUGCAUUUCAACCACCUACAAAAUUCGAUGGUGAGGGAAACUUGGUUGAUCCAGAGGCAAAGGAGAAACUUAAGCAGGUUCUUCAAGCACUGCACAAAUUUACGCUGCGACUUCAGGGACGGUGAUGCAAAACUCAUUAAGAACUUAAAAUGCUCUGCUUCAUGGGUAUCUAUUUUAUUUCAUUAAAACUGAGGACAUGAAAUUGAUUUCUUGAUGAUGAACCGCAAUUCCAUGAUUGAGGUUAUGAGUAACUGUGCAAGGGCUGUAUUAGUAGAGAAACAUUCCUCCUA